AGGACGUGUCAAGCCACCAUAGACAUGGCGCAGGGGAAGUGUCUCUACGAGAUUCCCUAUAGCGUUACAAGAGAAAUUAUUAUGUCAAUGGACGCUGACAAGUCAUGGGAGCAUUUAGCUGGUGAGAUUGGUUACAGCUUCGAUAAGAUCAAGUAUUUUGAGCUUGAGUAUCAAAAGUACAGUGGUAGCCCCACUAAAGCCUUACUCUGGGACUGGGGGAGCCGUAAUGCCACAGUCAAAGACCUCUAUAAUAAACUGAGGGUCCUCAAUCGUGUUCGAGAUAUGCAAAUCCUGGAAAAUUAUGUUGCUUCUGCCAAGGAGGCCAAGCCCUACAAGCCGGACAAGGCCUUGAACAACGACUUUGAGGAACAAGCUCCAUCAAACAGACCUGUCCCAAGUCUCUCGGGUAUCAAUACAGAUGAUCUACCAAAGCCACCCCCUCCAAAACAGCCGACGGAUGAUUCCGAUUCCGAUGUUAUCAACUUUAACCAAAUGAAAGGAACAGCCACGAAAUCUAAAGUGUCGUCCAAAAUCCAUGCUGAUGUUUCCGAGAAGGAGAAACAGUAUGACGAUAAAGUGAUUCCAGGCACAAAGAGUACCAAUUCCAACACAUCAGGAUCGUCGAUGUUUGGAAAACGUGUUCCUCAAGAAUCUGUAUCAACAACAGACAACAAAAGCUCAAAAGCUUCAGAAAGCACGGAUUCCUCUUCUUUUGACUUUGAUUCGAUUGAGAAGUCUGAUCCAAUGAAGGGAUUUGAGAGUUUGAAAAGUUACAUAAAAAGUGAUAGUUUGAGCUUCAAUGAUGCCGCGGCUCUGGUGGGCACACCAUUCUUUGAAUACAAGGAACUGUUUGAGGCUACAGAAGGGUUCAGUUCUUCACAUAAACUUGGUGCUGGCGCAUUCGGAACUGUGUAUCAAGGCCUACUGAGGUGUUCCAGGUGUGCGAUCAAGAAGCUGGAUGAGGAAAACAAAGAUCUGAAGGGAGACAAAUCAGUACAGUUUAGUGAGCUGACAGCCUUAUUAAGGUAUCGGCAUGAGAAUAUUGUGAAUCUGUAUGGAUAUGCAAUAGAUGGACCCGCCCUAUGUCUAGUCUAUCAACACAUGGUCCAAGGGUCUUUAGAAGACAGAUUACAGUGUAAGGACAACACACCACCCUUACUCUGGGACAAAAGAAUCAGUAUUGCAGCUGGAGCAUCUAGAGGUCUACAGUUCCUACAUCGGUUUGGCGCCAAGCCUCUCAUACAUGGCGACAUAAAGAGUGCCAAUAUACUACUUGACAAGCACUUUGAAGCCAAGAUCGGGGAUCUGGGACAGGCACAGUAUGCCAACAGCAAGACGAGUGGCGUCCUCACGGGGAGGUUUACUCACAUCUCACAGAAACAGGCAUCUUCCAAAAUCUACGGCACCAAGGCGUAUCUGGCGCCUGAACUUUUAAGGGCCGGAGGACGCAUGUCUGUCAAAACUGACAUCUAUGCAUUUGGCGUGGUGUUACUGGAACUGUGUAGUGGGGAGAAGGCAAACGAUGAAAGAAGGGAAAGCGAUAAUAAAUUUUUGACAAGCUACUUCGGAGAAAUGCAAGAUGAGACCAAGGGAGACGAGUCUAAAUUGUGUCGGUUGUUCCGCGACAAGCGUGCUGGAGAGUGUUCUGAGACAUUCAUCAUUGACCUCAUGAGUUGUGCAUCCAAGGCUGUGGAGGGAACCAAGAAAGUCAGGAUCGAGAUGGAGAAGCUUCUUCAUCUUUUGGAGUCAAUUGAAGACCGAUGGAGGGAAGCACAGAGUACAUUGUCGGAGAGUAGCUGCAUGUCUGCUAACCUGUCUGUGACCAGCGGAGAUAACUACAGUCACCCAGUCCUUGCAACAAACCCAGGGGAGUUGUCCCACCCUACUGAUCCCAAAGGAGAAGAAAUCUCACACACACCAUUAAGUCCACUUGAGCUCUUCAGGCAGACAUCAGGAAAAGACUUGCCUUUGGCAUUCAAGCUUGCGCAGUUCUAUGAAAAGCAUGGCAACAGUAUUGACGAUGAACAGAAGAGUGUGUCUCUUCCAGCACAGCUGCCUGAAUCCCUGAGACUUCAGAUGAUUGCCGAUGCAAGGAAGGAUGGAUUCAGUGGCGACUUUGAUGAGAUUGCCAGGAUAAAAGCAAGGAAUAAGCAAGAUCAGGGUGGUUCUUUGUGCGACAAUUUUGACUCUGAUCCAAGGAAAGUGGAUAAAUUGAGACGGUUUGAUGAGGAACUGAGUGGGAGGAAUUCAUUGAAUGUCGGUGCAAAUUCUGAAAUUCUCGAGUCGGAUCCACGUAAACUUGCCGCCCUGAAGCAGUUUGAUAAGGAGAAACCGAUGACACGACAACCCGAGGAAUCGUCAGAGAAGGUGGACAAUGACUAUCUUCCUGUGUCUGAUCCGGCCAAACUGAGGAAGAUGGAUGAAUUUGAACGCCAGAGUUCAUCCGAUUCUAAGGAUUCUAUUUCAUCUGGGUUGAUGUACGGGGAGGGUGGGAGGCCAUUACCCACAAUGCCUGUCCUCUCGCAGGAUGGUGAUAGAGUUGCACCACAGGAGGUGUCAGGGUACUGUCUGAAUCAUGGGAGCAGUGCCCAGAAUAUGGGGCAGAUGAAUGUUGGACAACAGAGUCAGGUUUCCUGUGGCCAGAAGCAGAACGUAUCUAAUCACCAGUACAUGGUGGGUGUGCAUCAGAUGAAUGUUAAUUCGGUCCAAGAUGGGUUUACACGAUUGAAUAUCGAAGGAGUUCAAGGAGGUGCUUGUUUGAGUGGGUCAGGGUUGGACUAUUUUGGAAAUCAGUCCCAGCCGACGAUGAUUCCUGCUAAUUUGUCAAGGACUGGUUGUGUUGUUAGCAGUGCUUCCCCUGACUUCCAGGGUGGCUCCAUGCCAGGUGGAAUUCACUCACACAGUGUAAGUGGAAGCCCGUCUCCAGUCUUGGAGGUCAGUGAAACAUUGUCGCCAAUGGCACGGCAGCAACGCCCCUUUCAGUACCCUGUGCCUCAUCAGCAGACGGAGACAAGCACUUCUCAGACUUACACAGCUUCCAGACAGAUGUCAAAGUCCCUUCCUGACCACACAGCUUCCAGGGAACAUUCUCGCAUGUAUAACAUUGCGGAAAAGCAACAGUCAAGUUUCCCAGGGAGAAGCCAUAUUCCUUACAGACCAAACAUUGGCCAAAGAAAUCUAAAUCUUUGUCACAGAGAAAGUGAAGGGUUUGAGUAUUCGGGGUUACCUGCAGGUCAGGGUCAUAACCUUGAAGGUGAAGGUCAUAAUAUUGGUUUUGACCAAGGUGAAGGACAUAUUGUUGAAAGCCCCUCAGGAUGUGGUACAAGUGUAGAUCCUGCUCCAUAUAAGUGUGGGGCUAAGAAGAUGAUGAACUUCUUUGACAGUUACAACCGAGCAGUGGCUGCUGGGACUGACGACGUGGAAGAUAACGAGGAAGUGGAGGAAAACAACAGGGCAAUGGAAGGUGGGGAUGAGGGUGAGGAAGACGAUGAGUAUGUGACGAACAUCAAUGUGUAAAGGGUACAGUGAUUGUGAAGGAAAGGUCAAAUUUGUGUACAGCUGUUUUGUCAUGAUCGUGUAGUUAUCGUGUACUAAUGGAGAGGGGGAGCACUAAACAGAGUCUUCCUUUUAAGGAUUGUUAAAUAGGCCUUUAUUUGAGAUAAUAAACGAGUGUGUGAUGUCCAGAUUAAUUAAGGCUCCAGGGAUGAUUAUCCUUGAUUUGAUGAGUCUAGAUAAGAUGUCACUUUAAGAAGUAAUAUUAGAUAUUUGUUUCAGUAUGUGUUCUAUUUGACAUUGAAAAAAAGAAAAUCAGUCAUUACCUGCUUUGUGCACAGAUAUCUGACCUUGGAAGAUGGGAAUCCCAAUAAAGCUGUUGGCUUAAAUAGUAUCAUCAGAAUAGGUGAGGUGAGGUGAAAUUGGGUUUAACGUUGCGUCCAAGAUUAUUGCACUUAUAUAGCGACGUGUGUGUGUGGCUGCUUGUGCUAGUCCGGACUAAUGCCAAUUUGUAGUGCUAGCUAUCUGAGAUACCAUGCUCGGUUUAACAUGAAUACCCCACUCAGACACAGUAUACUGACUCCGAGCCGACAGGUCCUUAUUUUAGCCCAUUUAUGCCAAGCGCCAGACAUGGUAACAACAAGUACCAUCUUUUAAAGUAAUCUCAUAAAGGGGAUGCAACGUCUAGACAACCAGGAACCUGUCUUCGGGCUUCAGUGCAGAGUGUCACACAGGGUACACACUCACCAUCGGGAAUAAUAUAUUACUGCCAUAAUGUUCUACAGGGACCAACCAUUUGAUAUUGGGGGGUGGGGGGUUGGGAUGUUGUAUGGAGGGGUGCUGGGAUGUUGUAACUAAUAGUAUUAAGCUACAAAUUAUCAAACAUUUUCUUUCACAAUCUAUUUUUUCCGAUGAAAUCCUAGGCCCCGCUGGACAUACCUCAGUUCACAAUAAGUGGAAAGAGUUUGUGAGUGGGAAGGGCUUGCUUAGUUUUUCAUUUGCUUGUUGACCAAAUGUGUAUUUAUUUUAUUUAACUUCACAUGGCUAAUCACUAUGCAUGGACAGCAGGACCUCUUUUAAUGUGUUUGAUAGUACUGAAAAAUAAAAGUUCACUAUUAACAUAUGUAAUAAAAUCCUAUUAUUACCAGUUCCUGUACAACUGAUUGUGUAUUUAAUACUAUUUAUGGAUAUUUGUUUCUCUGUAUUUAAUCACAUAGAUAUCCUAAUCAUGGAGGAGGUUAUAUUUUACCUCUCAUAUGCAUGUAAUGUACAAAUUCUCCAUUAAAAGACAUUUGUUAACACAACA